UUAGAAUCAACCACCAUGGCCGGCGAACCAUCUACCUCCACCUCACCUACGCCACCCGCGAACCGUCAUGCUCUGAACGCGGUCGAAAAGCAGCGCGCUCAGCUUGAGCGGCUGCUGAAGGAUCCUGCCAAACCCGUCUAUGUCCCCCCUCCCCCGCAAGAGAAGUCCAUCCGCCCAGCGCGCGAGAUGAUGAAGAAUGUACAGGGCUCGAGUGCAGGAGCUGGUAGCGGAGAGUUCCACGUCUACAAAGCCAGUAGACGGCGCGAGUACGAGCGCUUAAAGUUACUGGAGGAGCAGAACCGCAAAGAAGCUGAAGCGGCCGAGUUCGAGCGCAAGCGCAAAGCUGUGGAGGAGCAGGCAGAAGCGAAGACCGCGAAGAACCGCGCGAAGCGGCAGAAGAAGAAGGAGCGCUCCAAGAACAAGGGCGGCGCGGGCGAGGACGGCGAAGGCAAGGCCGACGCACCUCUCAAGAAGCGACGGCUGGUCAACGGGCAGGCGCUCGUCUUCAAGCGACCCGGCGAGGAAAGCGACGACGAGGACGCCACGAACGAGCCCAUGCCCGGACCUUCUGCACCCGAGGCUGCUCCCGCGGACGAAGUGCCGGAAGCGCCGAGAGUGGUGGAAGAGAACCAUUUGGUGAUUCACGAAGACGAUUAGCUUUCUCAUCUGCUGUACUAUCAGGUCUACUCUAUGUUAUACGGGGCUGGCAAUCGACGGGCAAAUCCAUCCCAUGCACGAGCAUCCAACCGAAGAUCAUAAUAAAGGAGACGACGAUCCAGCGCAGUCCCAGUGUGUAAGCUAUAUGGAGUCUAAUGGAACAUGAGCGGCCGCAACUCUUCGA